AUGACAGAAACUGUACCGCUCAACGUCAAGUGGAACAAGGAGAGUUUCAAGGUUGAUCUUGUUGUCACCGACGGUGUUAAGGGCUUGAAGGAUGCACUCGAGGAGAAGACUGGUGUUCCGGCAGAGCGGAUGAAGCUCAUGGCAAAGAGCAAAGGCUUAUGGAAGGGAGUUUUGAAGGAUGAAACGGAUUUGUCAACCAUUGACUUUGCGGGCGCCCUGGCAAAAGCAAAAGGCAAAGGCCUCGAUCUUCUUUUGAUGGGGUCUGCAGCGAAAUUAAAGGAACCUCCCAAGGAAGCUCCCAAAGUGAAGAAGGAUCCACCUUUCUAUCCAAAGGCUGGCAGUGAACAGAAACCUGCUGCAUCCGCCGAUCCCAAUCCUAGCAAACCUGCCAACACCAGCAGUACCACAGCCCCUGUCAAAAGCCCGCCACCUGAAUCUAAACCUGUACCAACCGAAGUCAAUAGUUCCACCGAAAUCACUGAUCCUACCGAGAUUGCAACAUACCAAGCGACACAGGCCUGGAUGGCCCAGUCACCUCCGGGAUUCCUCUAUCCCAAAGUUGUACCAUCCAUUGUUGGUUUGCGUGAUUUAGCACAACAACCCCUUCCACCUCAGCCUCAGGAAGAAUAUGAACUGUCCUUGGCCACGCCCAGGAGAAGUAAAGAAGUUCUCAGUGCUGCCUUGGAAAGCCUCGAAGGACUUGACAAGGAGGAAGCCAACUUGAUUUAUGCAUCUCCAUGGACAGUCCCGCUCACGCAAAUGGUCACAAACCAAGCCGCAUCGUCUCCACAACAAGCACUCGAAAUGUUACAAGCAUGUGCAUCCGCAUCCCCUCGAAAGGUCUGCCAGUAUCCCUUUAAGAAAAAUGAUAUUGUAUGGAUGUGCAGAACUUGUCAGGCAGAUGAGACGUGUGCCAUGUGCCAUGAAUGCUACAAUGAUUCGAACCAUGAGGGACAUGAAGUCAUGUUCUUUCAUGCACAAGAAGGAGGAUGCUGUGAUUGUGGUGAUCCCGACGCGUGGGAUCCAAAUGGAUUCUGUUCCAAGCAUGGUCCACCGAAAGAAGGGGAAGCUACGGCGGGGAAUGCAGCAGCACAACAUCAACAAUCACCUGAAGAGUUGCUUCCACCGGGAUUGGUCCAACGUGUUCAAGGAAUCAUCCCGGCGAUUAUGGAUUGGAUGGUCAACAAAUUGGCAGCAACAGCCAGAGCAUCAUCGGAACGAACAACCCUUCCCUUGAUGACGGCAGAGGAGACGCUCGGUCCUCUGGGUCGGCAGGGACGUGGUCUCUACCUGGUUUUGCAGGCGGACGAUGUUCACAGUCAACCAGAAUACAUUGACGCACUGCGAAACUUUCUCGGGUCGUCCAACUACAUUGACGACGCAACCAUGGCCAAGUUAGUCCAAACUUUAAUAUCAGCUGGACAAUUGGUUGUUUGGGGGCCACUGGAGCUGGCAGCAGAAUGUGGCAGAGAUCAGAUACGUGCUUGGCUGCAGGAUGGGGAUCCCAGUGCCUCGUCUACAAUCGCGUCUGUAGUGAUGAAAAAAGCAAACGACUUGAAACGUCAUGGGUUGAACUGUCGGAUUAUGACAUUGCAGGAAUUGCAGCAAGAACAGCAAGCAAUUGCCGUCAUUCAAUGGGUGGCAACCGUGGCGUUUAGCUGUGACCCAUUGUGCCAAACAGUUGCAAACUACAUCAAUCCACAACGGCAUUUAGUGCCUCUGCUGCAUGCGGACUUUAUCCUUUCGAGUCGGUUCACAAAAGCGUGGUAUGCACUGCUCUUGAACCUUUUGGCCGUCCCUGCGUUCAAGUCCAACCUGGGUGCAGCCUAUUGCGACACUUAUGACAAGUUGGCGGAGGAGUGUUCCAAGGGCAAAGGUGCCACUGAAAGGAGUGCAUACGCCUUGUCCGUCCAGUUCCUCAACAGAGAUACCUACGUUUUGGACCUCGUCUCCAAUCGCGAUUUGCUGUCCAAACUGGGGAAAGCAUUGUUGACUACUCUACGUGCCGCGGAGGAGCCUCUCCAAAAGCGCCUCAAUCCGAAUCACGUGGUGCUGACUUCCCGUCGGUAUAAUCCAUGCGUGUCUGACCUUUUUUACGUGAUCAACGUGAAAGGAAUGAAAAGACUCACCACCUGCGAUAAGGUGUCCUUCUUGACAGACUUGCUGGCAGGGGUGAGCCUGGCACAGUGCAUGGACACUCACUCUUGGAGGCACUGGGAUCUCGGGCACGUGGAAGAAGAAGAUGUGGGGUGGUAUGGGGCAUUCAAUCUGUCGAUCAAACUAGGCGGUCUCUUUGAGAACGUCUUGGCCUUCGACGACGAUGAGCCAUCUCCGGUGAAAGACCCAGCAUCACCUCUGUCAAGCGGUCUCUUGACAUGUGCGGAGCUUUGCUGCAAGGUUCUUGGCUACAAAGUGCUGGGCUUUAAGAACCUGGGAGGCGGAAUCGGUUCAUGGCAAAAGGAAGCAUCGAAUAGUCUGCAGCCAACGCCAUACUCUUCAGCUGUUGAUCCCCAUCGACGAAGGUCUGCAAGUCUACCUUUUUCUACUAUUGCUGCGAAGCGUGGCUGUGCCGUGGCAUUUCGACAGCUUUCACUUGGGCAAGUAAGCCCAUUCAGUCUGCAUCUGCCGUUGCAUCGGUUUUUUUCAGCUUGUCUACGCGAGCUGUGCUUUCGGCCAGAUUCAAAAGGAGCAGGUGCAUUAAUGGAGUCCCUGGCAAGCGGAAUGCCAAAGGAAGCCCUUGAUGACAUUUUCCACGGUCUUAUGGAAUGGCCUGUCCUCGUCCUGUCCCGGGCCUGCCAAGUGCGCGCUGGUUUGUGGAGAAGAAAUGGGCCCGGCCUGAAUGAGCAAGUGGUGAAGUAUUCCGACCCAACAUUUUGCCGGUCGAUGCGGGAUGCUGAUAUGAUGCUGGUGCAGUUUUCAGUCCUGCAGUACAGGUCACAACAAAGCCCCACUUCUCGGCCCAGCAGCGACAGCAAUGUGGCAACUUUUGUUCAUCUUCUGUUGCACCGGUUAGGAUUGUUUGACUUUGUUGGCCUUGCCAAGGCGCCCAAUGCGGAUCCGGAUGCAUAUGAAAAGGAGACAUCCGAGGGACUUUUUCCACGUGAAACUGGAGAUGACAACACUACCAAAGCUGGGCUGGUGCUUCCAUGGACGUACACCCCGGCUCGAGAUGCCGCUGACUGCCGUGCUCUGGUCGAGGAAUUUUUGUACACGCUCAUCGUUUUCACUACAGAGCUGCCCCCGCCGGCACCCGUCGACGAGGCUGACCACACUAACCGAGCAAAGUGGCGACUGCGCAGAGAGGUCAUACACCGGCUAGCAGCCAGCCCUAAAACACACAGCGAAUUGGCCGAUGUGCAUUUGGUUCUUUCCUAUCGCGACAAUGUACUUCUGAGUGAGGUUGGCAAGUCAAUAAAUCCAGAUGAUGCCACCGCAGCCAUGCUUGGUCAGAUCUUGUCCGAUGUUGCUGAACGGAAGGCAAGUCGUAGCCGCUUGGAGCCUGAUAAAUUUGUACUCCUCAAGUCAGCAUGGCAGUUAUAUGAUCCGUCCUUCUGGCAUCUAAGCGUCGAGAGCCACCAGACUGCAGCCGAGAGCCGCCCUGUGCCGUCAAGCAAAGACGACAAACCCAACGAGACACUGUCGUACGCUCCUCGACCUCCCGCUGCAAACCUUCGAUUUGAGAGGCUGCGGCGUGAUUUAACCGCCGAUGCGACUGUGGUGGCUGUCAUUUACAAAAUACUCCAUAUGCACUGCAGAGAAAAGCAGCAAGGACAAGGUCCUGAUGUACUAGAGCUCGAGACUGGUAGACUUGCUUACGACAAUGAAGCAAAGAGUGAAACAUCGCUUGCACGGGCCGUGCAUCUCCUUACCCUGGGUUGUUUUGCGUGGGAAGAUGCCAAGGGCGACGACGAGAAAUGGCGGGACAAAGGAGGCGGGUCUUCUGGCGGCGUCUUUUUCGACAGGGAUACACCUCCUUCAGUAGAAAACUGGGUAUCUGCAAUCUUCUUGACGGACGCGAAGCUGCUGAUGGACUCUCCUUGGUAUGAAGGACAAGAGAAUUGUCUGUUGCUCCUGAAGCGUUUGGCAGUUGACGGUGGGGCUACUAGCGUUUUCAUGGUGCAAGAUCCUGCAGUUCAGGCAGGUGCGGCAUGGCUUCUCGAGUUUGCAGUGCGGCACUCUCCUGAAGCGGCAAAGCUUAUUGGGAGGAGAGCGGGCAGCGAAGGUGAAGCCAAGGACGAGUCUGAAUUGGAACGCCGAAAGAGAAUCGCGAAGGAAAAGGCUAUGGCCAGAAUGAACGCUGCAGCAUCAAAAUUUGCCAACGCAAUGAAUAUCGAUCUCAAAGAAGCCGAUGACGACAAUGAUGUGGCCGACGCAAAACCGAAGGAGGAAUCCGACUUUGAGAGAAGGAAGCGCGAGGCGAAAGAACGAGCGUUGGCGCGAAUCAAUAACCAGGCCAAAACGUUUGCAGCAUCGGCAGGGGUAGAACUCGCAACGGGACCGCGAACGUCGGAAAAGAAAGAGGAAUCUGAUUUCGAACGUCGAAAGCGAGAAGCGCGGGAAAGAGCUUUGGCCAAAAUCAACAACAACGCAGCAAAAUUCGCCUCGUCCGUUGGAUUAGAUACCAAGAAAGAGGAAAAGCCAGAAACCGAGUUGGAGAAGCGGAAGCGAGAGGCCAAGGAGAGGGCUAUGGCCAAAAUGAACGCCAAUGCUGCGAAGUUCGCUGCUUUUAUGGACAUUGAAAUCGACGACAAAGAGGAUGGGGGCACCGACCAGAAAGUCGAUGCGUCUGGGGCGGUGUCACCGUCGAGUGUCGGCAGUUUGCGGAAGGAGACCCCACAGUGUAUCAUUUGCAGUGACAGCGAUGCCGAAUGUUUUGUUGCAUUUGCCCAAGGUAGCACUGUGUUGAAGGGCGGUGGACCGUCUUCAACAUCGGACAAUCGAAUGACAGGUGUGAGACGCUACGCUGGCUGCCAUGUGGCACUAUGUGGUCACGCAAUGCACAGUGACUGUGCCGCGUCAUAUCUCGCGAAGGUUCGGCAAAACGAUGACCAGUCGAGUGGAAGGAAUGGCGAAUUUCGCUGUCCACUUUGUCAACGGCCAAGCAACUGCCUGGUUCCAUACGUCGACGUGCAAGCCGAUUGGAUCGAUUCACCUGGCAUCCCGAACGAAAACACAACCCUCCAUGGCUUUUUAGAGAAGACACCUUGGUGGGUGUCACGCCAAAAUAAUAGCGUGGUUUGGGAUGGACAGUCUGCUUUCGAAGAAAAGACCGGCACCGAUCAGGUUGGAGACUUGGAUCAGCCUUCAGGCGAAGUGAUGGUGCUUAAGAAUCUCAUGGAGCACCUUGCUGGAAUAUCUUAUGAAGCCGAUUUGAAGCGACUUGGAUCCGACAAUCUACAACAGGACUUUGGAGAAUUUCGUCAUUUCAGAGCCGAACGGCGCUUCUACGAGAAGGAAAACGAUGCAAACGGCUGGCCGUCGUGUCUCUUCUCGGAAUCCGUCGAAGAAGACGUUCUUCGGUCCUUCUCCAGAGAAAAGUUCAUAGCGCAGCUGUUGAUGUCAAUUGAAUGCAUCACGUACAGCGCUACUUGUGAGACAUUUGACUCGCGCCGCAAAAUUUGCGAGAAGUCAACCACAUCAAGUGAUGACAAAGCCGCUGCGAUUGAAUCAAACGACCUCAAGCAAGUGAAUUCAAAGUUUGGCAUUGCUGGUGCCCUGUGUGAAAAUCAAUUAGUUCUCAUGCCAAAACCUUCCGCAUCUGAAGACCAGGGUGGGCAACCUUUCAAUGGCCGAUUUGGUCGUCUCCGAAAUUUUGGGCUUGCAGUACUGGCGGCUUCGGGGGCGGUGGGUCCUGACUUGGUUCAGUUGGCUAUCCAAUUUCCAUCACCAGUUGCUGAUAAGAAGCAGGGGACGCCUGAACGAGCUCCGAUUUGCUUUCCUAUUUUGUUGGGGCAUGUUUUGACGCGUGUUGUCGCUGCUAUGAGUUCCACCUGUGGUCGGAUGGUCGCUCCGGACGAGUGGGCGAAAGCACUGCGCGGAAAAGUCAACAGUCACGAUUCUUCUGCUGCCGUGAACAAAAAAUCAGCAUGUAUCGUCGCUGACGAUUGCGAGGGUUUCUUGAAACUGGGUUUUCUUGCGAGGACCAUGCAGGUUCUUUGCUCCGAAUUAGAAGUAGGAUUCGACAAAUCCUCGGCUAUGUGGAGUUCUGUCCGUGCGGUUGAUGGCUCAUUGUAUAACGAUUGUUCCCAAUUGGAGAACGAGUGGAUAGAUAGCUGCCGCAUCCUCUUGGUGGCUGUCGGCGAACCCAAGACUUCGAGUGUUGAGAGUGCCCCACUUCCUUCCGACUUCAAGGACAAGUUCCGAAGUGCCUGUCUGCUUGCUGCAGGUGCUGCCGCCGCGUUCCUUGCCGACGCCGGUACUAUCGUGCAAAUCCUUGUUCCUGGCAUCAUGGCAAGAUACGAAGGUAAUGCGGUCACCGAUAGUGUCGACGAGAAGAAGACUUGUUUGAAGCGCCUCUUCAUGCUUCGAUCUGUCUUUCACAUCGAAUCCUUCCAAAAGAUGUUCGAAUCUGCCCUCGUCGUCGAGGUUGUCAGGACAUGGUAUGGUGACGCAUGUGACUUUGCGAAGAAGGCGAAUGUUUCUCAGGGAGACAGCGGCAAGACGCUGCUCGCUGGCCAAACGUUUCGGUCUUAUGAUUGGCCCUUGGAAUCUGUGCGAGGCUAUCCUGGUGUGGACGAGGUUCCGUUGGUUGUGCCAAAGAAAUCAACACCUCUGCUUGGUGGGUACAAUUUUGAUGUGCAGUCUGCCGACAAUAAACGCCCCUGUGUAGAUGCGUUGACUUCUUCCUACAUGGAUCUUUACGCAAAGAUCGGAAUGCUCAAGCCGGAUGCUGAGCGUACUGCGGUGUGUUUGGUGUGCGGGGAGGCUCUCGACGCCUCUGGAAAAGGUGAAUGUACUCAGCAUUCGUACAAGUGCGGAGCUGGAACCGGAAUAUUCUUUCUUCUGCAGGAUUGUGUUGGUUUGAUAAUGCAAAGGGGUGAAGGAUCCUUCAUUCACAGCAUCUACGUUGACAGCCACGGCGAAACACCACGCGGACGCCCCCUUUAUCUUGACUUGGCCCGUUAUGAGCAUAUGAGGGAGAUCUAUACCGGUCAUGCUGUGAAGCAGCGGGUCCUGAUGGAAAGAGAAAGCACCCAGCAAGGUGUUGUAACCGGCUUCUAUUAG